GCACGGGCGGGGCGGCUGGGGGGGAGGUUAACCGCGCCCAGGCUGCUUGCUUCCCGAUGGCUGCGGGGAGCUAAGCGGGGACCGAGCGUGCGAGGAGGAGCCGAGAGCCAGCGACACCCCUUUGCCCCCCCCCCCCCCUCCCGCUGCUCUCCGCUUCCGACUCUACGGCCCGAGCUGCUCGCUGCCUCGGCGGGAUCGGCCAGACCCAGCGGGGACGGCUGCCUUCCUCCUCACCAUCCUCCUACUCCUCCCUUCCCCUCCCCAGGCCGGCGGGGACGCGGGCAGGAGCCGCAGGCGGCCGAAGCGGCCCCGUUAAUGAGCAGAAUUUACAUGUUUGACAGCAGAAGUUGGCUUUCUACUGUAGUAAGAGAAAAUAUUUCCGGUUGUCUCAGAGGUGGCAGCGAAGCACACCUUUAGCACAGGAAAAUGAGUGAGCUUGACCAGUUACGCCAGGAGGCUGAGCAACUGAAAAACCAAAUCAGAGAUGCUAGAAAAGCGUGUGCAGAUGCCACCUUGGCUCAGAUCACAGCCAAUAUUGACCCAGUGGGGAGAAUUCAAAUGCGCACUAGAAGAACACUCCGGGGACACCUGGCUAAAAUUUAUGCAAUGCAUUGGGGGACUGAUUCCAGGCUUCUAGUUAGUGCCUCCCAGGAUGGCAAACUUAUAAUUUGGGACAGCUAUACUACAAACAAGGUGCAUGCUAUUCCCCUGCGUUCAUCUUGGGUCAUGACUUGUGCAUAUGCUCCUUCUGGAAAUUAUGUGGCUUGUGGUGGUCUUGAUAACAUCUGUUCCAUCUAUAACUUGAAAACUCGUGAAGGGAAUGUACGUGUCAGCCGUGAACUAGCUGGUCACACAGGAUACUUGUCAUGCUGUCGUUUCUUGGAUGAUAAUCAAAUAGUUACCAGCUCCGGCGACACCACUUGCGCUCUCUGGGACAUAGAAACUGGUCAGCAGACAACUACAUUUACUGGGCACACUGGAGAUGUCAUGAGUUUGUCUCUUGCUCCUGAUGCCCGGUGUUUUGUUUCUGGUGCCUGUGAUGCCUCUGCCAAACUGUGGGAUGUUAGAGAAGGAAUGUGUCGGCAAACCUUCACUGGCCAUGAGUCGGAUAUCAACGCCAUCUGUUUCUUCCCCAAUGGCAAUGCAUUUGCCACAGGCUCGGAUGAUGCUACAUGCAGGCUUUUUGAUCUUCGGGCUGAUCAGGAACUAAUGGUUUAUUCACACGAUAACAUCAUCUGUGGCAUCACCUCUGUAGCAUUUUCCAAGAGUGGACGUCUCCUCCUAGCUGGUUAUGAUGACUUUAACUGCAAUGUGUGGGAUACACUGAAAGCUGAUAGAGCAGGUGUCCUUGCUGGUCAUGAUAACCGUGUCAGUUGCUUAGGUGUGACUGAUGAUGGUAUGGCAGUGGCAACAGGAUCAUGGGACAGCUUCCUCAAGAUCUGGAACUGAAAAGAGCGGCGGACUCCGUGACUGGAAGAAGUUUCCAACGAUUGAAAAUUAAAAAUGAUAGCAUAUCCAAUCCAACCAUACUAACUUGGACCCCCAUCCUCCCCAACUUCAAAGGGCAAGAUCUUUUCCGUCUCCUGUUGCUGAAAUGAAGAGCACAAUUACCUUUCCAAGAAGAAUUUCUGUGUUGUAAGCAAAAUGAAAUUGUGCAUUCCUUUUGGGACCAUUUUUUUUUUGUCUUGAGAAUUUAAAAAUCAAACACUAUCAUAAAAGCAUGACCAGAAAAUAUACUUGAGCAUAAUUGUGAAACAGUUAGCUUUCACUGUAGUUUCCAAGUCAAAGUUAAGGACUUUAUCUCACUCACUUGCAAAUUUUAAAGUCAUGUUUGUAGCAGGAUUUUUUUCAAGUUUCCUUUUUAAAUACAUUUGUUUAUGUAUUUAAUUGAGCAAAACAAGGGAGUCCUAGCCCAGAGCAUCUGGGGGUUAUUAACGCUGUAAAUUUAGUCCCUAAUUUUUUUUAUUUUAUUUUCUAGUAUCACAAAUAAUUGUUGCACAAAACUUGGCAUAUAUAGGGUAAUGUUAAGCAGUAAGGUAACCAAGCACAUGCUGUACAAGGUAAUGAAUGCUUGUUUAAAGAAUCCUUUCACCUUUUAUGGAUAACAAAUGCAAUCCUUGGUCCCUCCUACCCCCCUCUUCUCACCACACUGAUUUUUUUAAUCUGUUUUGGUUUUGUCCACUUGAAAGGGCAAUUUAUAUAUCCUAACACUAUCCUGUAGUCUCAACAACCAGGAAUCUCUGUUUUCAAAAGAGACCUAUCCUACACUUGGGUAUUGAGUCAAUUCUUUGUGUAUGAAAUGAUGUACAAAUCAAUGUUUUGAAAAUAAUGAUCUUGAACUUUCUAAGUUAAACAAAAAAACCUUUUUUGAUUGUUUGCCAUAUUGGGUGGGUUUACUCUUAGAAUCGCAUGCUGUAGAAAUGCUAAAAAGUGCAUAUUGGACUAAGUCCUCUAGAUGUUUUUUCUUUGAAGAAAUAACCUGUUUAAAAACUGUAACCAUUGUUGCUGUAUUCAUUUAUUGUUGCUACUCUGUGCAUAAAUCUAUGAAGAACUCAAGUACAAAGCUAUGCACGUUUUGGAGUAGCGUGAUAAGUCACUUUUUUUUUUUUUAAAGAAACGGCCUGUUCAAACAAUCGCUGUCAAAGAUUCUGGGGUGUGGGAGGAGGGAACCUAAACCAUCUUCUUUAUAAAUCAGUUCCUCACAGCCAGUUCCUCUUGUAGGAUGAGUCCUUUGCAUCUGAUUAGAGUCAUUUUUGUAAUGAGCAGGUUUUCCUGGCUUUCUUUUCAAAUAAAAUGUUAAAAGCAGCAGUGUUUGGACAGCGGAUUGUUCUGUUAAACUUUCCUAUCUUCUCACUGUAUCCAGAAAUGCUCCUUCCUAGCAGCAGUAGUAGCUUUUCUCCAUUUUGUUUUUUCUGCAACAUUCUGUACAAAAAUGUGCUGUAAUUGUGCGUUAGGCCUGGAUUUGGCAUAAAAGAUGAAUUCCUUCUUUCUCUCUUUCAUGAAACUACUCUGUAGAGCUUUCUCCACACCCUGUAUCCCUCUUCACCUUUUGUAUUUAAUUUUAAAGUCAGUGUACUUCAAGAAAGCUGGAUGCAAGAUAGAUACUAUAUUAAAAUGUAAUGUUAUUUAAGAUGUAAUAAAGCAGUUUGACAUGA